AGUUGCCAUGCACUUUCCUUUAUGUCAAUAUACUUCAUCUUCUAGCCUUCUCUGAAAUUUCUCUAAAGCAUAUCUAUCAUUAACUAAAAAAGAAAGACUUAGAUGGCUUUGCUCUUCUUUAUUUAAGCUGUUGAAUCUUUGUUAACUUCACUUUGGAGCCUAAAUUAGGGUUUCCACGGUCAAUAUAUUAUGGCAACUGCUAAAGUUUCCAAGGCUUCCAAAUGGUUCUCUAACAAGAGCCUUAGGUUAAGCCUUCACCGUCGUGGAUCAAAGUCUAGAUCAACAUCCUUAAGCUCUUCUCCUGGACCAUCAUCAACACCAAUAUCUCCUCGCACAGUUCCUAAUAUGAGAACCAAAAGGCCUGAAGAAGACGAGAUGAAGCAAGUCUUUGGCUAUUUCGACGGGGAUGGUGAUGGCAAAAUCUCUGCUCUUGAACUUAGGGCGUACUUUGGGUCCAUCGGGGAGUACAUGUCACAUGAAGAUGCUCAAGGGGUGAUCAACGAUCUUGACUCGGACGGGGAUAGCAUGCUGGACUAUCAGGAUUUCUUGAAGCUAAUGAAAAGAGAACCCAGCAAGGAUGAUGAGGGAGAUGAUUAUGAUGAUCUGAAGAAAGCGUUUGAGAUGUUUGAAUUGGAGAAAGGUUCGGGGUGCAUAACACCCAAAGGGCUGCAAAGGAUGUUGAAUCGACUUGGGGAUGCAAAAUCAUAUGAUGAAUGCGUUGCCAUGAUUCGGGUAUAUGAUAUCGAUGGUAAUGGGGUGCUUGAUUUUCAUGAGUUCCAUCAAAUGAUGGCUUAAUUCCAUUGUUCCUUCAAUUUUUAACUAAACAAUAUUGUUAGUACUUAGCUAUACAGGAGUUUUACCACUUACAUAAUCAUGUACUCGUAGAUCUUCGAAUUCUUAGUUUUGAUAAUCAAGGCUCAAAUCUUUUCAUCUUUGUUUAUAAAACACGUCCAAGUUACACGUGUGAUGAUUAUAAUAAAUGAUGCAUCAUGAAAUAAGCUUUUAAAGAAAAUGAGAAAUUGAUCAUUUCUAUA